AUGAUUGGAUUUACGGAACUCAAGCCACGCUACCUCUCGGUCAACCUCGUGAUCCAGCCCCAACCGUCCGGGACUCGACAACAAUACUGGGACAGAGUCAAGGACGAGAUCAAACGUUUUUGCACCAAACAAUCAACCUCUACUCGUCGCGAACAACAUACAACAAUACGCGACCUCAACAACGUUCGCCAGGCCGUUCUCUUCGAUCUACCUCAAUCCUCCGGCACCACCAAAGCCUCUCUUGCCCAAGAUUUAGACGAACUGGAACUCCUCCAACAGCAAACGAUAGAAGAACUGGACCUUCACGCUCUUCGGUCGGGCACCACCUGGAGAGAGCAAGGGGAGGCUAACACUGGAUACGUUUUCAGGGCGAUUGCAGAACGCUACACGGGCCAGCACCAGACAGGAUCUACGGCUGGUCGGCAUAUUGCCGACAAUGGCAUGGUCCUUACCAAUCUCCGCGACUACUGCAGGAACAGGAAGCUGAAGCAUGUCGGAGUUGUACUGGACCAGGAAAUGGCCUAUGAUAGGGUUCACCCAGACUACCUGGAGAUGGCAGGGAUCAACAUGCAUUCAGCUCGUUCCCUUUCGGUCCUAGGACGCGCUACCAUCGUCAAUGCCCUUAUCCUCUCCCGCCUUUGGCACCUCGCUCAAAACAGCCAGCACACUCCCCCCCCGCUCAAGGCACCCACCAUGCAGGCAGGACUUCCAGAUUCGACCACUUUUCUGGAGAACCCGCUGGAAUGGUGGUUCCCUUCGACGGAUGACAACAACACCACCCUCACCGCACGGAUUGGAGACCUGUUCGCGCUGGAGAUAGACGAGAACAACAAGCUCAAGGUGGCAUACAAGCGCCGACUCUCCAAACCAAUACCCGACGGAUAUCACAAGUAUAUCUGGGCGCGAUACAGACACCACAUGUUGGGGUCGUCGGAGACCGCCUGGCUCAAAGGAUACGCUUGCUGA